AAUCAUCAUAUGAUUACGAAACACAUACAAUGAAUUCAAUGCGUCGGGCCGAAGUGACUGCAUUUUAAAAGCGAAAGCCGAAAAGGUUGAAAUGAAAACUAGCAAAUGGUGAGAGAAGUCUCUAGACAGAUCUGGAACCAUGGCUACUGUGAAGGAAAGGGCAGCAGCAGCUGUGAUUGGAUGUCUAUGCGCGGAUGCUGCAGCUCAACCUAUUCAUUGGAUAUACAACCUAGGCAAGUUGGAAGCCAUUUUGUCAGCUCUUGAAUAUCCAGAAUUUCGCUUCCCCUCGGCCAAUCCAUACUACCGCAUUGACACCGGCAAGAACACGUGUUAUGGGGACCAGACGAGGGCUGUGCUAGAAUCGCUCGUGAGGAGCAAAGGGCUAGAUGUCAAAGAUUUUGCUACAACUCAGUACCAGUACUUUGGACCGACUUCGGAGUAUGAAAACAAAGCCAAUGCAGCAUUUGUUCAAAAGUCCGGUCUGCAGAAGAACUUCCCCAUCCAUGGAGCUUGGAGAGACCAAGUCAUGAAAGACUUCCUUGUGAAGUACACAGCGGGUGAGGAGGAAACAGGUAGUGACAAGGGGACUGACAUGCAUGCUAUCAUCCAAGUUGUACCCAUCGUCGCCCUCUAUGCCGGCCAGCCAGAGAUGCUGGAGAGGGUCGUAGAAGCCGUCUCGGUUACCAUGACAGCAGAUGAAGCUAUCGUUCACAGCCUGGUAGCUGCCAGAAUUCUGGAGUACUUCAUCUUGAACGGUGGUGAUGGCAAUGCUCUUGAUGAUGUUGUCAAGCAGCUUAAAGACCCUAACAGGACCUACCCACAUUCCUUGGAUCGCGCUGUCGUUGGUUUCCUGGAGCAAGUCAAGAGGAAGCUUUCUGUUCCACACCUCCAAGCAGCUACCAAGGUCUUCAAAAAUAACUGAUAUUUGCCUGGGGCGUUCCAGUCCGCCCUGCAUGCCCUGUUCAACAGCACCGACUAUGCUGAGGGAAUCCGACUGACCUUACAAGCAGGAGGUUGCAAUGCUAGCCGCUCUGCCUUCAUUGGGGCUUGUCUCGCAGCUAGGAAUGGCAUGGAUAAAAUUCCAGAGGUAUGGAAAGCCAAGACAUUAUGCUCCAAGAAAGCGUUGAAACUCUGUGAAGAACUGAUGGAAAUCAGGAAGGAUAAUUAAAAUGUUUCUGUAGUUCCAUUCAUAAGAAUAAUAGUUUUUUAAUAAUUAUAAUCAUGUGAACAAAUAUAGUACUUAAAACUGAGGCAUGUCUAUUUUCAAAGCCGGAUCUGUGCCUGCAUAAUACAUGUUCAUGUUUGGUUAAUUGGAGUCUAUUGUAUUUUGAAUCGCAAUGUGCCAUUUUUUUCCCUUCACACUUUUUGCAUAUCUUAUUUGAACACUUUAUGAAUAUUCAUCUCUCUAAUAUCACCAUGCUAUUACUACCUGAAAGUGUGCUUCUUUCGUCUUUCGUCGGUCACAGGUACUUUAAGUACUUUUUUUCUCACUAAUUUUUUCCUCACUAAUUUGUAUCUGAUUUAUACGGGAAAAUGAAUGUACUCAGCAAUAUGGAAGAUUCUCUGUUUUAGUAGAGAUUUAUGUAUCAGGUACAUGAAAGAUAAAACAGUUUCACAGUUAUGUUUCCGUGAUAGAAAAAGGAUGAUAUGUUAUGACUAAAUACUGAUGCAGUUCAUCGUAACAUGGAUGGAAUUUCUUCAUCAUGAAAACACCUCUGAGAAACAUUUGUUUAUCUUUCCAUACACUAUGAAUAUUUAUAUGUAUACAUAUAUAUUAUACUACUUUAAGAAUUCAAUAUAUUUUCUUACAUACAUGCACUGUUUUACACGAUAACGUUUUUUGUGUAAUUGUGAGAUUUGUCAUCAUGUAUUCGUCAAUUCAAGUUUAUUUCUGUUUCCAACAAAACAUUACAAAUCGAUUCUAAUCAUUUACAAAAAUUAAGGAUACAUAUUGGAAACAGAGGGGUCCACUAUAAAUCAUUGCUUGCGCAAUUAUGGACCCCUCAAAUCAUAGAUAAUUUUUUUUUUUGAAUAUAUAUUAAGGCCAUCUGCUUGGAACUUAGACAAUGUGGCAAAGUGUGCGAUACCUCUUAUCCUGGUGGAGUGAAAGUGCAAAUAUAGCUUAAAAUUUCAGAAAUGAAUCGGAUGACUGCCUAUCAAAUUUUGAACAGAAAUUUAAUGUAUUUUCAGUAACAUUUAAAGAAAUUUCUAGCUUAUUGAGCAAACUUUUAAAAAAUUAUUUUCAUAAUAAUUAUGGGAGAUAUAUGCAAAUAUGAUGAACAGCCCUUCAAUGUACUGUAUUCAUGCAUUUUAUAUCAGAUAUGGCUCUAAUUAAAUCAUAAAUGAUUGUGCAAUUAAGGCAAAACAUUUAGUUUGUUUUAAUAGUGCAUAUCUUGAACAUCUUCUUUAAUCCUGUGCACAAAUGUAUAUAUGUUUUGAUAGUUAUAUGUGUGUGAUAGUAAAAAAAGCAAUAAAGAUGUCCAGAUUACCGA